CUCCUCCAGCGGCAGCAGCCCCAGCUCCCCUCUGCAAGCAGCCACUAACCGGGGCCACGCUUGCUGAGGGCCAGGCGCAUUGGCUGGAGGGGGCUGUCACUCUUCCCCCCCGCCCCGGUGGAGGUGGGGAGGGCUCUGAGCGAGCGGCUGCUGCGUGCGCGAGCGAGCGAGCGAGUGAGUGGGAGACUCUGUUUUGGGUCGUACCGCAAACAGUUGGGGAGAGUGAGCGUGGCAGGGAGCGCGGGGCUGAGCCGCCGCAGAGAGUGACCAUGGCUGUCUCCUCCGCGCCUCCCGUCAUCUCGGCAACUUCCAGCAGCGGCAGCAGCAGCGGCAGCGUGGGGGGCCCGGGGAGCUUGUUCCGGGCAGACCCCCUCUAUUCCUCCAGCCCCUCCGAGUCCCCCAGGCUCACCAACAGCCUGGUCAACAGUUUCCUGGCUUCCAGCGGCGGCGGUGCGGGCACGGGAGGCGGCGGAGGGGGUGGCAGCAACGAGUGUAAGAUGGUUGAUCUGCACGGGGUGAAGGUGGCUUCUUUCCUGGUGGAGGGGCAGGAGCUGAUCUGCCUGCCGCAGGUCUUUGAUCUCUUCCUCAAGCACCUGGUCGGGGGGCUGCACACGGUCUACACCAAGCUGAAGCGGCUGGAUAUAUCGCCCGUGGUGUGCACGGUGGAACAGGUCCGCAUCCUGCGGGGGCUGGGCGCCAUCCAGCCCGGCGUGAACCGCUGCAAGCUCAUCACCAGGAAAGACUUCGAAACUUUGUACAACGACUGCACCAACGCCAGCUCACGGCCAGGAAGACCCCCCAAGCGCUCUCUGGGAGUUGCAAUACAAGAAAAUGCACGUCUUCUGCCCCAUGGAGUCCCAGGCCUGUUAUCACCAGGACUUAUCUCCCCAACAGAUUUAAGAACUUUGUUUUUUCCUGAUGAAACCCAGAUAAAGUUUGCAAAGCUCAAGACUCUUCAAAUCCAAGGUCUAACAGCAGCUGCCAUGGCUGAGGCAAUGAAGUUACAGAAGAUGAAGCUUAUGGCAAUGAACAGCCUCCAUGGAAGUGGAAGCCAAAAUGGAACAGAAUCAGAGAAUGAAGAGCUCAAUUCUAAUGCAGGUGGGAGUGAAUCCUCCUGGGAUAAAGAGAAACUUCAGUCUCCUAUUACAACAGGAUCACAGCAUGGUGUUGGUCACGCCACGCUAUCAGGGCAAUCCAGCCUUGGGAGUGCACAUCCCCUCAGUCCUCUCCAGCAAAAUCACUUGCUCACCAACAGUACGUUUACUGUCCUUAUAAAUAGGAUAGAGCUGCCAUUUAUGAUGAUGCCCCAUCCUCUCCUCCCAGUCAGCCUACCUCCUGCUUCAGUUGCAAUGGCAAUGAACCAGAUGAACCACCUCAAUACUAUUGCUAACAUGGCUGCUGCAGCCCAGAUGCAUAGUCCUCUUUCCAGAGCAGGGGCGUCUGUUAUUAAGGAGAGGAUUCAAGACAGCCCUUCUCCUGCUCCAUCUCUGGAAGAUAGUCAGAGGCCUGGGAGUCAUGCUUCUUCACAUCAGAGCAGUAGUGUAUCCAGCUCUCCAUCUCAACUAGACAACACACCAGAUAGAAUUGCUAUGCUGACCAACACCAGAGAAGGAGAACUCAUUGAUCAAGAUACUGGGACCAGUCUAAAAAAACUCCAAAAGGAGAAAGAAGAGGUCCAAAUUGCUAUUCCAAUCAUGAAACCAACCUUAGAUAAAGUCCAACUGGCUGGACAGACCUUGCCUCCUGGAUUCCCUGCACCAUUUCUUUUUGCUGAUGGUUUAUCAUCAGUCGAAACUCUAUUAACCAACAUUCAGGGUCUACUGAAAGUAGCUGUGGACAACGCACGAGUCCAGGAAAAACAGAUACAGCAGGAAAAGAAAGAGUUAAAGAUGGAGCUUUGUAGAGAGAGAGAACUGAGAGAGAGCUUAGAAAGGCAACUUACAGCUGAGCUGCAAAGCAGAGCAACAAUUCAAAAGCGCUUGAAGAAAGAGAAAAAAGCAAAGAGAAAAUUGCAGGAAGCCCUGGAGUUUGAAUCAAAGAGGAGAGAACAAGUGGAACAGGCACUUAAACAGGCCACGUCGGGUGAUGGUCUCAGGAUGUUAAAUGAAGCUGGAAUCCCAGACAUGGAAAUAGAACACAAUGGAACUCAACAUGACAGUGCAGCAAUGCAAGAAAACAGAACAUACGUCAAACCUACUAUUAUGUACUGAAGGAAGCUAUUGUUGAAAAAUAUAUAAUGAUCACUAUUUGAAGACUAUAUAGUACAUGAAAGACAUCCCUUCCAACCUUUGAUGCCUUCAGUACUGUGUGAAGGAUUUGUAGCAUGAAACUUGAAGGACAAUUUCAAGCAAUUUACUGUUGCUGCAUCGAAAACUGCCGUAUUGUCAUUAAGAUAUACUGAGACUUUUUACAAGCUUACCAUACCAAACCAAGCCUGUUGCAACUGAUCAUUUUUAGGUCCCAGAAGAUAGAAAGAAGUUGUAGUAUUUUUAAGCACAUAAAGGAAUUAUUCCCCAAAAGAACUAACUUUUUUUUUAAAGGAGGUAGUGAUUACUGUAUAGCAAUGGCACAAUGAUUUUAUUAAGCCGCAAAUGUCCUCACUGGCUGUAUAUCAUACAAGUCCAGUUUAUCACUGAAACUGUUCAGCAUAGAGCUGUUUCAAUUGUGUUUAUAAAUUAAGCUUUGUUUACUGAAGCUGAUACUCAAUAUAUUACGUUUUAAAGAAAAAUGUGUGUACAUUUUUUAAAACAAUGAUGUAAAAAUUGUCCUUUCAUUAGAUGACCAAUUCAAGAGUGUGAGCUAAACCCCAAUAGCUGACAUAAUAUGAGGAUUAUAAUUGAUGCUUUUUUAUGCUCAGUUCAGCUUGGCUUUUGGUCUUUUAAGAUAAAAAAAUGAAUAUGCAGUAGAGUGUUAGAUAAUGGAAACUUUUAAGUAUGGUUUCUCUGUUGUACCAUAUUAAGUUAAAGUACACAUUCUUUGUUAAAAUGUUCUUGCUAAGAAUACAGUAUUAAAAACUUUUUGUUUGA